AUGUCAAAGUAUACCUUAUUAAUGGCUAUCAAGUAUGGAGAUUCAAAAUCAAAAAUUCCUCCACCACCUUCACAGUAUACCACUACCACUAUCUCUAAUAAUAGUAAUAUAAAUGCUACCACCACAAUAACAACACCAAAACAUCAAAAGGAACUAAACAAUUUGGAUAUAAUUAAUCAAAAUUCCGUAUUUUCUAGUGUUCAAAAUUUAAAUACAUCAUCUUCAAGUUUAUCAUCAUCAUCAAAUUCAACCCCAUCACCAACAAUUCCGUCCAGAAAUUCAAUCAGAAAAAAUUUAUCAUCAUCAGAAAAAAAGUUAACAAUAGGCGAGGAUGGUCGUACUAUUCAUAUCACAUCACCCCAAAAUUCAACAGCAUAUAGGUUUUCAAAAGUUUUUCAACCAACAACUACCCAAGAAUCGUUCUAUAAUGAAGUCGCAAGACCAUUGGUCGAUGAUGUUUUAAAUGGAUUUAAUGUUGGAAUUAUUGCAUAUGGUCAAACUGGAGCAGGUAAAACAUAUACACAGUUUGGUAAAGAUAUUGGCGAUGAAUUACCACUUACAAAACAGGAAGGCUAUGGUAUCACACCACGUUUCAUCAAAGAUUUAUUGAACAGGGUUAACUAUUUGUCAUCAGAUCGUGUUAGAUUUACAGUUAGAGUAUCAUAUCUCGAACUUUAUAGAGAGAAACUUUAUGACUUGAUUAACGAUAAGGCAGAGCUGGAUAUUAGAAUGAGCGAUAAUGGAUUUAAUGCUCCAGAUGCAUCACAACCACCAAUUCAAUCAUUUUCAGAUUUUUUAUAUUAUAUCCAUAAUGGCGAAAAAAAUAAAAGUUAUGGUGAUAAUAAUAGAUUCUUAUCAUCGUUGUAUAUUGUAGAUUUAGCAGGAUCAGAGAGUGUAUCACAAACUGGUGCAACUGGAUCAAGAUUAGACGAAACUAAAUCAAUUAAUAAAUCAUUAUUUGUAUUGGGCGGAGUUAUUGAAGAUAUGGUAAAGAAAUCAAAGAAAUCACAACAUGUUAGAUAUAGAGACAGCAAUCUUACUAAAUUGCCAAGCUCAAAUAACGAAACUGUUCUUAGAGAUACAACUCAAUCUCUAAGUUUUGCUGAACGUACUCAGUCAGUUAAAAACAAACCACAAGUAAAUGUAGAGUUAUCAAAUCAUCAAUUAAAACAAUAUAUUCAAGGAUUGAAAAACGAAAAUAGGCAUCUUAGAAAUUUAUUAUUAUUUAGAAAAAAAUAUGAAUAUUUCUAG